AUGGUAUUGGUGAAGCUGAGCAAAGAAACCAAACAGAGGCUGCAGCUGCUCUUGGGCAGCCAGUUUGCCACCCGCUGGGGUUUUAUUCCUCUCGUGAUUUACCUGGGAUUAACAAGGGGUGCAGAUCCUGGAAUGCCUGAACUGUCAGUUUUAAGCCUACUUUUGGGAUAA